AUGCGGACCUUCCGCGCGGGACUUUCGAAAGAGUUGCCUUCAGAGGAGCCCAAAAAAGUGGCUUCCUUGAGCCGGAGUAGGUUGGUUUCAAGAGCGGCCAUCCUCCCAUUCCCCGGGUCUCGGUCUGGAAGUUCCAUCCUUCCACCGUCGCCCGCACCACCGCCAGCGGCGCAUUUCCAACGACGACAACGACGUCGCUCGCUCGCCGGGUCCAACGAAACCAAACGGCAACCUUUUCACUCAACAAACACGCACGGGAAAUCUGCCCACGCCACCUUCUGCGUUGCCGCCCCCCCGUUUUGGCUGGCCGUGAAGAACCAAACUCUCCCCAGUCAACCUUCGUCUCUACGCGCUGCGCCCUUGCGUCUGGGACCUUGCAGCUGUCGUCCUCGUCCCGCCGCGCCGUGCAACUCGAACCUGCACUGCACCCCUGGUGGCACAGAACUUGUUGCGCCAGAGCGACUCCCGCGCUCGUCUCGUUGGUCGUGUUGCGCUGCGCUGGAAACACACGCCGAGCUGAAAGACCACGUCGUCUGGUCGUGGCCGUGUACUCACUCUGACCCUUCUUCUCACUCACCCACCCAUUCGGAUUCUAUUUCAGAUUCAGCAAUCUCUCAUUGGCCCUGUCUGGCUGUCUCUCCAAUCGCAUCCACCUCGCUCUACCGUCGCCUUGGACCCUUAUCUGCGUUCCCCAGCUUCGAUUCGCAACUCCGCCACACGCGACCACCACUACCACCACCACUACUCUCGACUACUUACCACCACUUCUCUCGUCCGCCAUUCACCAUCCUCCGCCAACGACGCUAUCUCACCAGCUACUGCCAAUCCACCACGCCCGCACUGCUGCACUCUCACACACCGACUCCAACGUCAUAUCAUGGGGUGCUGACCCGUGACCUCUGUGCACACCUCCAAGCGCAUCCCUCGUGGUUCUCGCCUCUCGCCUACCGUGCGAGCUCCAUGUCUCGGCCCAGGCGAGACCAGCUGAGUUACGUAUUCGCUGGCCCUACCCUCUCCGGAUACCCACCGAGCUGA